CAUGAUUCCCCUCGUGUUUGUGGCGCUGGCAGUUGUCAGCAGCGCCAGCGCAGCCCAUGUGUCGCCCGUGGGCAAAGGUCAGCCAAAGAUCCACCGGCCAACUGGACAGUUCUUCCGCCGCCUUGCGCUGCGUGCUGUGCUGCGUGCAGUGAUAUCGAUGCUGGCGAGGCUGCAGGAGCAGGUGGUCGCCGAAGGCAAGGAGGAGGCCGCCGCGUACGACAAGUUCGCAUGCUUUACGCGAGAUGCGGUCGUCAAAACUCACAACGAAAUGACCAGGGGCAGGUACACAUGAACGCAGAUACUCACAGAUACUGAUCUCGGCCAGUGGCGGGUGACAUGCUCCUGUGCAUGGAUGGAUGGAUGGAUGGGUGUGUUUUUGCAGCAAACGUUCUUCCCUCCUUGGCACAGAAAUAUCCGGCCUGCAGUCGGAGAUUGACGCGCUGGCGGGAGAGAUCAGCGGCCUCGCCAACGACAUUGCGGCCAAGGAGCGCCACAUCGAGGAACUCAACAGCAACCGCACCGCACAAAAGGCCGAAUUCGACCAGAUGCACUCAGGUGGGCAGAUGCCGGUGAGUCUCUGAGCCAUCUCAUCCAUGUGAUGGACGCAGAUAUGAAGAAGGCCUUGGUGGCGCUGAAGAGCGCCAUCCACGCGGUGAAGACGUCGCUGUCGAACCUGCCGGCCGGUCAGUCUUAUCUCGCCAUCAGGUCAGCAACACAGCCACAGGACAGUGUGUUCCACAAUUCUGUUGCUGCACGUGGGGCAGGCGCGCAUUGGAUCCAUUGAAGGAGGCCCUGGUGGUUGUUGGCAGCACUCCCACUGACGUAAACCAUUCACCAGGAAUUCGCCUAAGCUGUGCAAUGGUGCAUCACAUCUUGUGUGUUCUUGCAGGCACUGCGUCUGCUGGAUGUUGUGGACGACCCAGAAAUCGACCACCUCGCCCACCCACACCAAGGGCAGGUAGGUAUACGCAGGGCAGCAGUAGAGACCCAGCUCGCCACAGUAUCACAUGCCACUUCAUUUGUGUGGUGCCUGCAGGCGAAUGCGUACGAGCACCACUCUGACACGGUCCUGAGCAAGCUGGACGAGCUGCACGACCAGUUCCGCGAGAACCUGAAGCAGCUGGAGAACGACGAGUUCCAACACCGGGCUGCCUAUGAGAUGGCCUUGCAGGUGGCCAACCAGGAGAUCAAGGCCAAGACGGACCUGAAGGAAGAAAAGCAAGAGAUCAGGUGACCAUGAAUUCUGGAAAGGAGGCAAAGAAAUCCGCCAACACAUGGAAUUGCGUUGACUGUAGUGACUCGAAAUCGACGAAGAUGGGCGAGCUGGACGCAGAAAAGACCAAGGUGGACGAGGAAUACAAGAAAGGUGCGGUCAAGCGAAAGUGACAAUCACGAGUGAGGUGGAUACUCUAUUGCCGUGUGUGUUAAUACUGCAGACAAGGCCUACAUGGAUGAGCUGAAGGCGGCUGCCGAGUCAGCGGCGCAGGAGUGGGACACAAGAUCCAAGACGCGGGCUGAUGAGCUGGCUGCACUCAAACAGGGCAUCCAGAUACUCAAGGGAUCCACCUCCGUCAUGAAGUCAGUCAGCCGACAAAAGAUGGCGGCCAUCCUGUCUUUUUCUGUACUCUGUCUUGUGCAGCAAAUCCUUGAUGUCGAGGCAUGUCUCCAGGUUCACCCUCCCCUCCUACCGCAGUGUGUCCUUCCCCUUGACGCGCCGCCGCUAUGCACACGCCCCCGCCACGUCCCUCCUGCAGGCCGCCUUCCCACAUCACACGCACCGCUACCAGCCUACACACGAGCGCCCCGACCCACGUGCAGACGCUGCGCGAGACAGGGUGGUCAACCUUCUCAGGUCAGUGGGCUGGCAGCAUGUGUGGGCACUGAUCGAUGGACUUCCCUUGUGUAUGUAUGUAUGUCUUGUCGUUCUGUCGCAGGUCCAAGGGUGAGCAUCUGCGCAGUCCCGUGCUGCGCAUGUUGGCGUCGCAGAUAUCGGAGGAUCCCUUUGACAAAGUGAGGCAGCUGAUAGAGGACCUAAUAUCGAAGCUGCAGGCGGAGGAGCUGACCGAAAUGGGACACAAAGAAUGGUCAGAGUCAGGAAAGACAGGGGAAAAAAGAUCGAGAGGCCAUCGAUCGACGGCAUCCGUGUGGUGCCCUUCGUCUGCGCAGGUGCGACAAGGAGAUGAAGGCCGCCACUGAGCAGCGAGACGCGCAGCAGGCCGACAAGGAACGACUAGAAGGUGGGCAGCGUCUCAUCAAGAGCGAUCCUCCGGCAUCGCUGUCUGCUGUGCGUAUCAAGGUGAGAUCGAGACGCUUCAGUCGGACAUUUCCAGCAGCAAGGACACCAUCGCCACACUCACACAAGAGAUCGCCGACCUCAACAAACAGCGCAACGAAGCCGUAAGGAAUCACACCCCUCUCCCCGGACACACACCAGGCGGCGUACUUUCUUCUGUGUCGACACAGAUGCAGCUGCGCGAGACGGAGCGCCAGCAGAAUGAAGCCGCGAAGACCGGUCCCGUCAACACACAGCCAUAAAUAUUCAAAUGCACCAACACCAAUAUGCGCGCCGUCUGUGUACAUCCACUGUCUGUGUAUGUGUGUGCAGAGGCCGAGGAGAGUCGCGACGCCGUCGACCAGGCGCUGACCAUCAUCCAGGAUUUCUACAAUGGAGCACAGACCCCCGCCAGCGAGCAGUCCUUCACGCAACUGCGCAUCCGGCACGCCAAACUGAGAAGUGCUGCAUACCGAGCGAGACACAGACAGGUGGGUGCCGUUAGUGGAAAUGUGAGCAUCGUAUGCAUCGAUUGUACCUGCAUGGCUGUGCGUGUUGCUCGCAGGCUCCCUUGCCCGAGGGCCCGUUCUCUGGUCCGUAUCAGGGCAGACAGGGCAAAGUUGGCGGCAUCAUCGGUGCGCAUGCACACAUACAUGGAGAGAUGGAGGAACCGAUGUCAUUCAUGAGUGUCUCUUCUUUCAGGGUUGCUUGAGACGAUCCGUGACGACUUCGCCCAGUCUGCGACGGACAUAGCCCAGGCAGAGACAGACGCACUCGCCACAUACAACCAACUCAAAGACACAUUAGACGUAUGAAUGAUUACAGCUGCACGUGCCUCUACUCUGCACAUUCGCCGGCCGUUGCUGUCGUGUGUUGUCAGGGCGACAUAUCUUCCAAGGAGUCCGACAAGAGCAGCGAGGCGUCGCUGCUCGAGGGCAAAGAGGGAGACCUCGUCACGAAACAAAACGAACACCGGACCGCCGUCGACCUGCUUCAACAGGUGAGCUGGUGGCCACACUGGCAGACAAAAGGGACGAUUGAUGGCCUCCAUUGCCUUAUUGCUGCUGUGGUUGUUCAGGCGAUCGACAAGCUGGAGCACCUCCAGCCCGCAUGUGUCAGCACAGGCACCACAUACGCCGAGGCCAAGGUGACAAACGAGACACGCGAGACAUGUGCUGACGCGUGUUGCGUUGAUGUGCGUGCGUCUGUGUGUGUGGUUGUGUGGUGAUCUGCAGGCGAGCAGCAAGGCGGAGAUAGAUGCGUUGAAGGAGGCCCUGUCCAUUCUGGAGAAUACGUCAUUCACCGCAAUACAGACAGGCUCCAGCCGGACCACACUACUGCGCAGCAGGAUGCCAGCCAUUGCAUGAGACAGACAGACAGACAGACAGGGUCAGCCCGAUGUAUAAAUGUGUGUGAGUGAGCAUUUGUGUCCCUGGCUUGACGCCAGCAAGCGUGGAUGGAUGGAUGGUAUCGCAGUUGCUCGCAGCUGAGGUGUUAGUGCGUUAGACAAUUCGAGUGCAU